AUAAAUUAAUCUAAAAGAAGAUACUGAUGUCUUAAUUAAAAAUAGGCAUGUUUUGUGCAUUCAAAAAUGCUGUAAAGUUUUUACGAGUUAGAACAUUUAUCGCCGUUAGCAAUUUCCGUACUUUCACUAUCUAACCAAGCGCUGUUUUAACCUUUGUCUCCCACUUACUGUCAAAGCUGAUGACACUGGAUUUGAACGGCGAGAAACUCUUCGUUUAUUGGUUAUUGUUUACUGCGUGGAACAAGAGAUAGCAUUAGACAAACUGUGCUUUAAAUCUUCCUUUUUCUGUUUCAUAGGAUUGUGUCCAUUGGAAAGUUUGCGAAACUCUUAUAAAAAUAUUUUCAAUAUUGUCGUACACUUUCAUCGUAGAAUAGUUAAGUCAAGUAUAUAAGAACUGACAAUUUUUCAUGAAUGUUUUCAUUUGUGAAUUAGACAAAGGGUGAGAUUGAAAGCGGCAAUUUAAAGAGCUAUUGAGAUCGGGUUGAAAGCGGGAAAAGCCAAAGGAGUAUAGGAUGUGAAGGACAAUAGUGGGGAUAGGGGAAGAGUUCCGCACGCCUUCCAAAUUUAGUACCCAAAAUCGUUAUUGAAAUUAAAAACUGCUAGUAGAGUUAAUCAGAAAAUUCAAAGUGAAGGUAAAAACAUAUCUGAUGAUCAUAGUUAUGAAGAAUUGCACGACACAAUUAUUGUUUUCGCUGUCCUUGGUGUACAUGGUGUAUUCAAUAUCACCUCCAUCAUCACUGGAGAAAGCAAGAAAUAAGAGAUCGUUAAUUUUGGAAAAUGUUCUUCACCAUCGAUUUCAGGGGAUGAAACCACAUAAAGAUACUAACAAAAGAAGUGCUUUUGACGCACUUGAUCUAGAUGAACUUUUUAGCGAUCCAGUAUUUCAUGAGACGGGUGCGGACAAUACCUUUGACAGAUUUGACUAUAAUGGAUUGGACUUAAACAACUUUCAUGAUUUCACAGAGUUACCUCCCCUAGAGAAUAACAUACCUCCCCUUGAGAAAGACGAAAUGUCAAAUGUUAUUCCUGGCUCCCAAGGACCAUUUGAUUUUCAGCAAAUGAAAAACGGUCAUGAAACAUACAAUCCCUAUAACUUUGACAGUGCUGCAGUCGCCAAUGCAUUCCAAGAAAAUGCGCAUGCGCAUUAUGUUGCGGAUUCCCUUAUGGAUGAAUUUAUGCAAUUUAUAGCCAUGAAAGAAAAGGGUAUUCUGGACCAGUGCUUAGAACUCACAAAGAGGGGAUAAACAUUCUACAGUACAGUACAUCUAUAGUAAUUUCAUUUAAAUCCAUGGACGAAAGACAGAUAUACAAUCAUGUUUUCUUUAUGAUAUAAAAAAACUCUUUUUGUUUAUACAUUUAAUGGCUUUUUCAAACUGUCGCUCUGCUUUACAUAUGAAUAUACUUUUUACAGA